UGCACCGGGCGCGGUCGUUCGCUGCGCAGAGACCAGACCGCUCGCACCUGCCACCCGGACGCCUCGCGCUGCUCGCUGCACGCUUCCGCUGGCCAUGUGACUGCUUGGCUCGGCGCCUCCCACAGGUGAGGAAGAGCGACGGAUCCACUGUGUCUACUGCGAAAAAUCCAUUCUGUCAACUGCCCCAUACUCUCCAUCACUGGGAUUUCAGUGGAAGUAGUGGUGGCAUUCAGUUCCUGAUCAGAGUCUUAGCAGAGUAAACACGGAUUAAAACGAAAUAUUGGAAUUACAAAUGGACUCGACUGCCGCAGUACGGCCGUGUAUAUGAAAUUUAAUACCGUGGUGGAGGAUCGCGAGCCAGCGGCGCCGGACGGUCGCGGCCGGAGCGACUGGAGGGUGGGGCCGCGGCCCCCGCGGGCGGCCAUGCGCCAGCCAUGAGGCGGCGGCCGCUGCUGCUGCUCCUGCUGCCGCUGCCGCUGCUGCUGCUGCUGCCCUGGCCGCCCGCGCGGGCGCUCGCCGUGCACAGGCACCACAAGGGCGACAUGCUCGUCGACACCGGCGCGGCCGAGUGCGGCCCGGAGGUGUGCUGGUCGCGCGUGGCGAGGCCGGCCCACGGCGCGGCCGACUGCGCCUGCCAGUGCCCGCCGCACGCGCCCGUCUUCCGCGACGACCUCCAGCUCUGCGUAGACGACAUCCACGAGUGCCCUUUGGCAGAAUUCGUGAGCAGUUCGGCACCUCCACAGCGCGUGCCUUUCGUGUUCCUGCCGCUAGAAGGUCAGAUCGUCCACCCUAGCGCCGACAUUAGAUUCGCAGAAGCUGGGAGGAGGCCAGUAUGUGCAGUCACCGGGUCACAGUUCCUGAGCCGCGGCGGUUGGUCGCCGUUGAAGACGAAGGACACCUCAGAACCACCCUUCAGAAUCUUCAGGGACGAGGGGCGAACCUUCUUGCAGUGGCUCGGGGAAGGAGCCCUGCGGUCGCGCAUGGAGGGCCACGUGCUGCUGGUGCGGCUGCAGUGCCGCCAACCGCACGACGCCGCACGCCUUCCGUCCGCCGCCGACUCUGACUCUGACGCGGCCGCCUCCGCCACGGCAGACUUCAGCCCCUGCGUGGCCUUCCGCGUCGCGGGUACACCCAGGGAACCCGACAGCGGCUUAUCAGAGGCGGACGGCCGCCUGGGGGCUGCGCUCGGGGGCGGCAGCGACGGCGGCGGCCUGAGCGCCAGCGAGUACGUGGCGAUCGGCGUGUGCUCGCUGCUGCUGGGGCUCGUCUACGUGGCGUCGGUGCUGCUAUACCUGCACGCGCGGCGCGGCGGCGGCGGCUCGUCCAAGUCGGGCUGCAGCUCGGCGGAGCUGGGCCUGGGGGCGGCCGAGCCGCCGGAACCGCGGCCCGUCGUCAAGCGCAACCCGCUGCUGCUGCAGCCGCACGGGCGCGCCGGCCGCCGCAGGCGCCGACACGACGACACCGACUCCUGCUGCAGCGCCGGCACGUCCUCCGACGCCAACGACGACUCGCAGGGCCCGCUGUCCGACGACGAGCGCGGAUCGGUGCAGGUGACGGUGACAUCGGCGCUGGUCCACUCGUGCCGGCACCAGUGCGGCGCGGAGCUCUACCUGUGCGAGCCGGCGCUGACGCAGGAGGGCGCGGGCUCGAUGGAGCGGCUGCCGCAGGGCGACGUGUCCAUCGUGGAGACCACCGAGGGCGACGGCCGCGGGGGCUACGCAGACGCCGACGACCACCUCGCGCUCUGCGCGCCGGGGACUCUGCGCGGCAUCGCCUCGGGCCGGCGAAAGCUCUACUUCAACCCCGCUUACUUCGAGCCGGAGCUCCUCGCGGCCCCGCCGCCGGCCGCCAUCGAGUUCCUGACGAAGAUCCGCGAGGUGAUGGCCAUAGCGAAGCACAAGAUGGUGGCGAAGCGCUUCUCGCCCAGCCUGUCGGGCAUCCCCGAGGAGGAGGCGGCGUACGGAGGCGGCGCCCAGCUGGCUGCUGGCGCUGGGCAGGCACAGGCCGCCGCCCCCUGGCCGCCCCCCGGCUUCAGCCUCAAGCGCGAGAACAGCCGCCGCAGGGGGUGCGUGGGCUGUCCUACAUGCCGGCCAAUGGACAUCCCCGAUCCACCAUGCCGUGCGUGCUGCCUGGAGGGUGUCGAGGCCCCAAACAAGGAGGUGUCCAUUCGCAAGUGGCUGGAAGAAGUUCCCGUGCCUGCAGCAGUAAGGACACAGCAGCUAGCUGGGAGGGACUCCAUACAGCCCGAUUCCCUCGAAGUCAUCAGCUCAUCGAGCACGAGCGAUUCCAGAAGACCGCCUCAAGAUCAGUCUGCAGAGACAGGAAAAUCACUAUCGAGCUCGGGGCAGAAAAUGUCGCAGCUGUCCGCUCCACGACCACAGCAUCAGGGAGUGAAGCCAAAGGCUCCACUGCACCCAAACUCUCCACAAAAGGACGAUCCAAAAGCAACAAACACACAGCACACAGAAAGUGUUUCGAAUGACACUACAACGCCAACGUCACCACUCGCGAACCGCCAGAAAAUGGUAGCCAAAUUGAUCGCAGAGACGGCUGCAAAAUUUAACAAAAGCCCAUCUGAACAAAGAAGCAUUUCAAAGCCAGCACCAGUGCCACCAAAGCCCGUGUCUCCAAAGGUCCCUGACCAGUCGGUGCCUACUCCUCCGCCACUUCCUUCACCAACAUCUUGUCCUGCUCCACCUCCAAUGCCACCAAUAGUGCCACCAGAAGACAAAGAAAAACGGGUAAGCAUCCCAAAACGCAAAUCGCCUGCUCCAAUGGAAACGAAACACCUGAUGGACGCAGUCAUCAAGGAACUCGUAGGUCAACGAUCACAGGAAACGAGCAAGACUCCAGAAACACAGAAUUCUCAGCUGUCGGGCAAGAGUACACUAAAGUCGAAACCAUCUGUCAACAGUAGUUUUGAAUCGGACAGUUUGGAGAGGUCAGAUACCCUCGGAGUUCACCAAGUCGAAAAUCGAGGGUUCUCGACUCCCACUGAUUAUGGGGACGGAACACUCAGGAGCUGUCUGGGCUCCACCCUGCGGUCGAACCUCCCUCUCGAAGAGGAGAUGACAAUGAGAAAUGAGGUAUUUAAUGUGAAUACGGGAAGUACUACUAUAUCCAAGCUGAAACCUAAGCAGGUAACUCGCCCAGAAGAUGACCACGAAUACGAAGUAAUCAUGGCAAAAGAUGAUAAAAAAUCUAGUGAUGAGGAGAAAAGGAAUGGGCGAGCGACAGAGUUCUCCAAAGUUCUGUGCAACGGCGGCGGCUACAGCCUCGUCAGUGAGGUAUACGUCAAUGAUGGGUACAGUUAUGACAGUGGUUCUCCAUCGUCGUCGCCCAAGUCACGUGGCAGCACAGGCGGCCCCAAGAUCAGGUAUGACGAACCGGAGAAGCCCGGUCACCUCACAAUAGAAGUAGAAGACUCGCCUGCGGAGUACGCUCCAGGAGACGACUCGGACAGUUUCGAGCCUGACACACUGGACAGAAAACCUAGCAGACAAGGGUCAACAUCGGCCGGGGUCAUAGAAGUGCCUGCAGCUGCGUCCCACGCGCCAGUACCUGCCGAAUGCUACAGUGACUCUCUGGAGCGGCCGGCGAACAUCCUGCUUCGCACGACGGGGAGCUUUCGUGCCGACUCUGCCAGCCAGACGGGAUCUUUCGACGGUUACACGGCAGUGCGAGGAGAUGACGAAGUUGCCUCCUUCUCCAGGGGCUUCGGCAGCCUGCGGGAGAUUUACGAGGCGCGUCACUUGUACUACGGGCUGGAGCCGGCCGGCUCCGACCACUCUGCCGCCAGCGAGCCCGACUACUACGGCCUGGCCUGGAGGCGAACCAACGGCCCCCUGUUCGACGGCUUGCUGCUCAACCCGGGCUCGCGCCAGGCGCGCCGCCAGCGUGGGGCGACGUCGCCUCCGCCGCUGCCUCCCAAGGUGCUGUACCAGCAGCCGCCGCCGCCCAGACCAGUGAUGCCACAGUCGCUGGUGCCUCCGUCCCUGCCGCCAAAAAACGCACCGUCCAGAAGCAUCGCGCGGCCUCCGGACCCGGCCCGUAGGCCGCUGCCGCCGCUGCCGCUGCCGCUGCAGCGCCCCGGCUGCGCACUCCCCACGAACACCUCUGCCGGUGCUUCUGCAGACAGCCUCGAGUCCUCCUCGCCCUCCGCGUCCUCUUCUCCUUCGUCACCGUCGUCUGACUGCGACGGGUACGAAGCGUUCUACGACGAACCUUUUGCCGGGUCCCUCACGGGGACGGACGAAAGAAACAGGUCGACCACCGGAAACCGAUCCCACGGGAGGUCUGGCGCUCAAGACAAGAACCACACCACGGCUUCUGGCGGAGACAGCACGCGCUCUUCUGUCAUCAGGCCUGCGCCGAACGGGACAGACGUUUGCCACACUAAAGACUACCGCGGAGAGGCGGCCGGGCACAGGGGUAGCUGCGACGCCAGGCGUCGCUCUAGCGGCCCUCGGGAGUCGGCGCGCUCGCGCAAGUCGACGGCGGACGUGCCCCGGAGGCGCCGUCGGAUGCUGCACGGACCCGAGGAUUCGGGCUACCUGAGCACCGACUCCAGCGAGUGCCCUGCCCACUGCAGCGCCGUUGGCAGGGCUGGAUCGCGCCAGCGCUGCGCUUCUGUCGCCGACGUCGACGGCGGCGGGGGUGGUGGUGGUGGCGGCGGCGGCGGCGGUGGUGACGUUGCCAGCGAGUCGGGCGCGGAGAGCGUUGCCACCGACUCCUUUAUGUUCGGCCGAGCUCGUCCGUUACCGUCGGCAGCCGGCGCCAUGGAUUCCCCGGCGCAACGCGGCCGUGGCGACCGAUUUCGCCACAACAGGCGCAGCAGUGCCGGCGGAGGGCUCCGCUAAAAAGCGCAACUCAGUGGAGAGAGAGAAUUUCAGGUGUGCGGUAAACAUUUCUCAUACUACUCAACCCUCUGUGAGACUUCAGAUUCUAAUCAGUGUCAGCAAAGAGCUGUGCUGGCUAGUGUCAGAAAUACAGAAGUUGCCCAGAGCCUCUGGGCAAUAUUCACAAUGUAAUUAUCUGUAGGCUUUGCACUACACGUUAACAUGUAGUACCUGCCUCAAAAUGCAAAAAUGGGGAGUACAUGUACACAUAUACUGGAGUGGUUAGCAACCACCUUGGUGGUUAUAUCCCAGAACUUCAGUGUGGUCUGCUGCCUGCCUACUAGCUGGUUCCAUGUGCACAGAGCUCCCCAUGUCCAUGGCAGUAUUUAACUGUGUCCCGCACCAAAUUUUACAUCAUCUGGGUAAAAAGUCUACAGUGUCACUAGUUGUAUUUCAGCUACAUUUGAGGUGGUCAGAACAGAACCUCAGCCUAAACCCACACAUAAACUGCAAUGGCUGGCACUACGAAAGACUUUCUUAUACAUUGCAAGGAAUCAAAGACAAUGACAAUACUUUUAUCCCAAAAAUCACCACAGUGAACACUCUGACAAGAAAAGGCUAAGCAGGUAAAAAUAUCAUCACACAAAGACAGAAGAAGUAGGCAUGAAACAGUCAUCUCAUAUUUGUUCUAUUGUAAUUAAUACAGACUUGUAUCAAGUCUCAUUUUCGAAUACUGGUAUCAGUGGGAAAGUUGUACUGUUACCUUACAAACAAUUUUUUUUUGUAAACUGUACUUUGACAUUCCAAUAUAGUGCAUUAUUUUUAAUGCUAGAACAGAGACUCAGAGGGACUUUAGACAUGAUUUGUAGCUCAAAGGCAAAUUUUACAAGAGAAAUAAUAUGUCUGAAGAGCUGUAAAAGUAGUGCAUAUUUUACAACAGAUUGUCUAUUUUGCUUAUCUGCAUGAUCUUCUUCCUUUUAUUCUCUGUUCACAAAUUGCAAGUUACGUAUUAGCCACUAGCAACAAGUCACUAGUUUUGUACAUUAUGCGUUGCAAAUUUAGUUAUUAGUUCUAUGAAUCUAACUGCAUUACACCACCAGUUUUAUCAGAUUCAAUAGAUUUUAAAACUUUUCCAAUUUUUGUUGAACUUUCAUAUGAUUACUCACUACCUGAAUCAUCAUAAAGUACUGAAAGUACUAAAUUAUUUCAAGUAUUUCUUUUUUACUUUUGUAAUAUCUUUCCUGCAGCAUCAGAGCAACAACUUAACGAGAAAAUUUAGGUAGUUUCUCAUUCCUGUUUCAUGGCAUGAAACUAUCUAAGCAGUCAAUCAUCUAACAAAGUAGUUACUACAUUUACUUCAAGAAUGUUAACUCAGAAAGCAACUAAAUUAUUGAAUAAGAUCACUGUAGUACAAUGUGUUGGUAAAUUCUGUUCAAAAUUAUUCUCUGAAACAAAUUUCUUCUAUUAAAUAAUCAAAAAGGAAUAUUUAUUAAAGUAAUAGUUGCUCAUCAAAAAUCAAAUGUUGAAUUAAACACAAGAAAAAUGCAACAAAAGAAAGCUUUUAAUAAUAACAAUUAUAUUUCAUCUAUGUUUUGAUGAAUGGUUUCAACAAUCACUGCAUUGACUAAACCCCAAGGAACCAUAAAUAUGUAAAUAAAUGUAGCUGAAACACUGAUACACAGGUGAAAAGGUUUCUCUCAAUGUGUUCUGCAACUUGUAAAUAGUAUGCUGUUUCACAUACUGAUGCCAAAGUGAUAUCUUACUUUCUUAGUAGGCUAAAUUUAAUCAAAGGUAAUUACUGUAACAUUAUCUAAUAUAUAACGAAUCAGUUUAUACUUAUUUUUUCCUUGUGUUCUUUAUGUUAAAUGAAUUUAUGAUUGUUGAGGCAGUUAAUAUUUGAAUUAUAAGCCAAAUGCCUUUUCCGUAAGGCAGUGUUUUUAAUUACCAUGAAGGCCGAAUGUGCAAUUUUGUAAAUAACAGAUACUUUAAAGUUGUUAAUAUUUUUGUUGUAUCAGUUGAGUGUUAUCAUAAAAUGUUGUUAUUGUUUUGUCAAACUCUAUUCGUUGUUGAUAAUGUUAUUAUUACCCCUAGCAUAGUUGUAGAAUUUUUUUUCAUAUGAAUACCUAUUCAGAUAAUUGAGUCUUCAACUAUAUCUUGUCUCUUCAUGUAAAAUAAAGAAGUUUCUUAAGCCAAAGGUGGGAAUGCAUAGAGCAGAUAAGAAGAUAAUCAUCUGUUUUUUGAGAAAUUAUAUACUAAUUUUGGUGGCUCUGUAUUUUUCAACAAUUCACCCAUGAUAGAUAUCUAGUACAACAUAUUUUUGGUGACCUAUUUAUGUCACAUAAUUGAAUUAUUGAUGCUUUCUGGCACAGCCUCCAAUGUGAUAAGCAGAAAAGCCAAAGACUAACAAAGAGAUGACUGGGAUCCACACAAGUACAUGAUGUAAUGAUGCCUCUUGUGGCCAUAUAUUACACCAAUUUUAUGAUUGACUGUAUUAUCACUAGCCUCAUAAUAAUGUAAAAUAGUCUGUAUACUCAUGUGAAGUUUCUCUGUAACUGGUGCCUAAUUCUGCACACAUAUCAGUAAAUAAGCUCUACAGUUAUUAAAACUGAUAAAAUACAUUCCCAUACCUGUGUCCUCCUGGAUAACUAACUCCAAGUAAUCUGAAACAUGGUCUGGAAUCUUUGUCUACUCAAACGAUUUUUUAUGCUUAUCUUGUAUGAUACAUCUAAAAGAAUCAGCAAUGGUAAAACACUGCUCUUUGAAUAAAAGCAAAAUCUUCUUUGACCAGAAUAGGCUAGCAAACAUUUAAACGAAUUGGGACUCUGAUAUCAAGAUGCCACUGAAAUUUAAUUGUAUGUUAACAAUUACAACACUGUAUAGACAGUUAGUUAUGCUUGGAAACAGAUGGUUGCCACUGAGAGACUACAGGAUUAGGCACUAUGAUUAGACCGCGAUCAAAAGAGUUGUGGUGUGGAAAAUGCACCAACAUGAAUAGUGAUAUAGUUUCUCAUCACAGGAUCCAUCUUUACCUCAUUUAUAUAUAUUGAUCUAUCAUCUCUUUGAUAGUCAGCAUCACAAAGACAGUGGGGAUACUGUCAAAAUUUCGAAAUUUAUUUUAUGUUGAUUCAAGAUGUUUUCCAAGAGCAUUUCAUAUUAACAUUGCAAGUUUGUUUCAAUGAAGCAUAAUGUUUUUAUACACUUAAAACUAAAUCAUAGUCAAUGAAGACACUUCUUAAAAUAGGUAGUGUUGGGAAGAAGGGAGUAAAAUGUGAACAGUUUACAAGUGGAUGCAGAAAGAAGCAGAAAAAAUACAUUGUUAAUGGAAAAACAAUGCACUGCCUUACAACCAAAUGCCUAUUUCUUAUUGUUUCUAAAAUAAUGGUCUUGUCUCAAGGUUGUAGUAUAUAUGAACAAUCUGGUCUUCAUUUAAUAGAUUGCUAGUUUAAUGUUACCCAUUUUACUUGUUUCCUAUGGAUCAAUCCAUCAGCCUCCUAUCAGUUUUAAGGAAUAACAAAAGAAAAAUUAAAAUCAUUAUCUCUCUAAUGAAUAAAAUAACUUGAGUGUAGUGAACUAACCAAAGAUGAGCUAUAGUGGUGUGAUCCGUGAGCCAGUAUGGAUGUCACAUGGCAAAAUAGCAGUCUUGCAUCAGCUGUGCUCAGUCUCCAGGUUUGACUUUUGUGAGCUGACUGGAGGAGAUAUGAUUUGGGUAACUUUAUCCACUGCAGCAGCAUUGUUUAAUGCAAAAUUAACUGUAUAUGACUUAAGCAUACUAAUAUCAACUAUCUAUCUAUAAUCAUAAUUUCAUCAUCACUUUGCUAAAACUGGGUUUUUGCCGCUGUUACACUUUUCCUUCACUUAAUUCUUAACCCUAAUUAGUGCAAGAACAUACACCACCAGUAACGUAUGGAAUGUAGACAGUUUGUGUGAAGGAAUUACAAGUGCCUCCUCAUGUUCUCCCUGCUGGGUUUGGAAUAUAACUCUCAUCAGCAGAAAUGUAUCAAAGCAAAACAAAGAGAAAUCAAAUCUUCCAGAUUUUGUCACUAGGUUGUGCACUAAUUGUCUCAGGUAAAAUAUGAAAUUUGCUUCAAAUGCCCACUGAAUAUAAUACUGAGUGUGUGUGUGUGUGUGAGAGAGAGAGAGAGAGAGAGAGAGAGAGAGAGAGAGAGAGAGAGAGAUAGAGAGAGAGAGACUCAGCUCCUCACAAUAUAGUGAGUUGUAGCCUUUACUCCUUAAAUUACAUGAAAUGUCUCUUGGAUGUACAUUAUGAGGGGGGGGGGGGGGGUGUUCAUAAUAGUCAGUAUAUCAGCAGUGGUGAUGGAAAUAAACCCACUUAUCACUUUGGUGCUAUUCACGAGUAGCAAGAGAGUGGCAACACAUGACAGCCUUAUAUCCUUCAUGAUACUAACGGAAAAACUAAUAAGUAGAAAAUACCAUAUUUUUGCACUUUCUAAUGAAAACUCCAUUACUUGGGGCUUCUUUCUUAUUGACCUGCAUGGAGUCAAAAAAGAUAGAUGAAAUGUCUUCCUGUUUCUGCCAAUGCAUUCUGGUACCAUUAGAAUGGCUGUUGAGUUUCGGGUACUGACCAUUAAGGGGUAGGAAGUGGGAAAAGCUGUAACUCUUAGGUGACAUAUUGCAGCAAUAUGCUGGCAAUAACAUAGUAUUUAGCUCAGAUGAAGCACACUUAAGAAGUGAUAUAACAGUAAAUGUGUGGUGCAUUUGUACAUGUGUGUGUGCAUGUAAUUGAGUGCAUGUGCAUGCUUUGUGUGUGUGUGUGUGUGUGUGUGUGUGUGUGUGUGUGUGUGUGCGUGCUGUGUCAGCAAUAUAUGUUUUUGAUGUGGCCGUUUUAAGUUAGUUCAGAAUGAUGUAUCUGGUGUAUGGUUGUCUAAAAUUUCAAGUGAAUUUAAUAUGUAAACUUGUCAAUAUUUUGUGUAAUUUUUUAUUAUUCUGUAAUGAAUGGAUUCUUAGAUUAUACAUGUGGUAAGGGAACAAAAAGAGUCCUAGAAAGAGCUGUAUCAAUUUGUUCAUCAAAAAUUAUAAUUAAAAUAGUGAACAGCCAUUUUACUUCAAAUAAUUGUUCUGUUUUCAUAAUCAUGCCAUGCUUCUUUGUACCUGUCCACUGUAUAAAUACAUAAAAAUCUGAUGAAUAAUUUUGUAUUACAACAUUCGAGGAUAUGUGAUGUCAUGGUGCCUUUUUAAUACUGCAAAAUAUACUGAAAAUUUGUA